UACCCCGUCUUCAACGAUCGAGGGUCAAUUUAUUUUCUUCUUCAACGGUUUUUUAACAACCAACUAAAAUGACGGUUCUACCCUCAUCGGAUCGUAAAUACCGCCGGAGUCCUCCUCGGUCCCCUCUCCUCCCUCAAAAGCUCGAUGACGACCAAUCAUUUGAUGCUCACGGAUCUGGCUUCGAUGGCGCGUCGACUUCCGGUGCCGUUUUCAACCUCUCAACCACCAUCGUCGGAGCUGGAAUCAUGGGUCUCCCAGCCGCCGUCAAUCAGCUCGGCUUAAUCCCCGGUCUUCUCACUAUCAUGUUCGUCUCUAUGUUGACUGAAUCGUCUAUCGAUAUGAUUCUAAGGUUUAGCCGAGCCUCCAAGUCAAAAACGUAUUCAGGCGUCGCCACCAAUGCUUUCGGUGGAGCCGGCAGUAACAUCCUCCAAGCUUGCAUCGUCAUCAACAACUUGGGCAUGCUCGUGGUUUACAUGAUUAUCAUAGGUGAUGUAUUAUCGGGGACUUCGGUGGAUGGGUUCCACCACGGUGGAGUAAUCGAAGAAUGGUUCGGCCAACAUUGGUGGACCACUCGUUCCGCUUUACUCUUGUUCACCACAUUUUUCGUUUUUGCUCCUCUCAUUUCAUUCAAGCGCGUUGAUUCAUUGAGAUACACAUCAGCGUUGUCAGUUGCCUUAGCUGUUGUCUUUGUGGCAAUAACUGCUGGAGUUGUAAUUGUUAAGUUGAUGGAAGGGAAGAUUGGGAUGCCUCGACUAAUGCCAAAGCUUGUUAAUCAGGCAUCGUUUUGGAAGCUUUUCACCACUGUGCCUGUUGUAGUUACUGCUUAUAUAUGCCACCAUAACAUACUCCCUAUAGAGAAUGAACUUAAAGACCCUACACAGAUGAAGUCAAUAGUUAGAAAGUCUCUCACAUUAUGCACCUCUGUGUACAUAGCAACCAGCUUCUUUGGGGUAGUCCUCUUUGGGGAUCAUACUAUGGAUGAUGUGCUUGCCAAUUUUGAUGGCGACCUCGGGAUUCCAUAUAGUUCAUUGCUUGAUGAUCUGGUCAGAGUGAGCUAUGGCCUUCACCUGAUGCUAGUUUUCCCGAUAGUAUUUUUCUCCCUUCGUCUCAACGUUGAUGGUCUUCUAUUUCCAUAUGCAAUUCCUAUUGCUUUUGACAACAAGAGGUUCUUCUCAGUAACAAUUGCUCUUAUGGGUUUUAUACUUAUGGGAGCCAGCUUUGUUCCUAGUAUCUGGGAUGCCUUUCAGUUCACUGGUGCAACUGCUGCAGUUUGUGUUGGUUUCAUCUUUCCAGCUGCAAUCACUCUUAGGAACAUCCCUGGAAUUGCAACAAAGAAUGAUAGACUAAUAUCAUGGAUGAUGAUCUUUCUUGCUGUCUCAACAAGCACAGUGGCAGUGACUAGUGACAUUUAUAGCAUUUUUUAUGUUGAUGAAGGAAUUACAUCAUAACAAGAUGAUUUUACAGGUCUAUACUUAUCCGGUUUCUGCUGUGCAUUGACAUAGUCGGUAACUCAACCUAACGAACGGAAACAAUCCGAGUUUCUUUCAUUCAGUUUAUCCUCGAAAACUGACAUGAUGAAUAGGGCAUCUCUGAGCAAUAUGAGCUGUGAAAAAGGGUGAGUGUUGUGGAGAAACUUACGAGGUUUGAUACAACCUUUGUUCUAUGGGACUAUUUAGUUGGUCAAAUCUUUAUUCUUUAGAGGUAAUACAUGAAUUAUGCAAUUUUCAUGUCUUAACUUUUUACAUUUCAUAUGGUUGGAGGUUUACUUCUGAUGAAAACUUUCGCCUACUCAUAUUUGGACCUUUACAGCAUUAGCCGAGCUUGAAUUGAUCGAGUCAAAUUUGAGCUUAAUAAUACUUGACUUGAACGGCUUACGAAUUUUA